AUGAAGAAAAGGGCAUGCCUUAUUCUAGUGGCCAGUCUUCUGAGUUGGGUCUGUGUAACAAGCAGACCUUUUACAUCCUCUGACUUUGCUCAUCAACAAGCUGAUCAAGACCAAAACCCACAUCCCCAAGAUGCAACCUUUGACCAAAAACAGGGAGUUGAAGGCAUUGAAGGACUUCCAGUAGAUGAUGAAAAUGAAGGGAAGUAUAGAGGGCUGAGCAGGCUUGGCUCCAGACCACCAAAUUGUGAGCACAAAUGUCAAGGCUGUGUGCCAUGUUUUCCAGUUCAGAUACCCACAACCACAGACCAAAUUGGACUUCAAUAUGCAAAUUAUGAGCCUGAAGGAUGGAAAUGCAAGUGUGGCUCUACUUUCUUCAACCCAUAA